UUACUACUCACAGUUUGAUCAUGAAGUCACUUCUUGUCCUUGUCCUUUUCCUCUGUUUCUUUUUCGGCUCGACCGUCGCUAGUAGGCAUUUCACGUCCCCUUAUCCAAGUCAUCACCAUCGUGUGGAAAUGAAGACUGGGAAAAUGAAGCGUCAGAGGAGGCCGGACACGGUGCAGGUGGCUGGGUCUAGGUUGCCGGACUGCUCUCACGCGUGUGGCUCAUGCUCCCCAUGCCGUCUUGUGAUGGUUAGCUUCGUUUGUGCAACGCUACAAGAGGCUGAGACUUGUCCCAUGGCUUAUAAGUGCAUGUGCAAGAACAAAUCCUACCCUGUCCCAUGAUGAGCCUCUCUUACCCUUAACUGCAUUCAAACGUUUUGUUUUGUUUUUCCUUUUGCUUGCUCGGGUAAAUGACCAUGUAUAAACUGCAUCUUUUCUUCUUU